GCUCACCAUUCGAGUGACGCUUCCUCCCAUCAGCUGUUAUUGUUUUGCUGUAUGAACAGUGGAAGUUAAUGCCAUAAUAACAGUAACGGCGUUGUUUUGACAAACGGAACCGACUUUGUGUAUGAUUGUUAUCGUCGCUCGUCCGCGGUGAAUAUUUAAAGAUCGUUCGCUCGGUUCUGCAUAUGCGUAUCAUCCGGUGGCCAGUCAGUCCGGACGUUCCUCUCCCAGAGUGAGGACUGUGAGCGUGGCGUUUGGAGGAGGAGGGGAAGCGGGGCCUGGCUGGGAUCGACCCGAGCCCAAGGCCUCUGAGGCCGGCCAGCGAGAGGACAGGAAACUGGCGGCACAGAUGGAUUCCCAGGACGAAGUGGACGUCGGCCCUGAGAUGCUCCGAGGCUUUAUUUGUGCCUCGUUUAACCAGGACACCACUUCCCUGUCAGUGGGUACCAAGACUGGCUACCGUCUCUUCUCUGUCACUGCUGUAGACAAACUGGACUGCAUCCACGAAGGAGUGGAAUGCCCUGACGUGUGCAUUGUGGAGCGGCUGUUCUCCAGCAGCCUGGUGGUGGUGGUGAGCCAAUCCAUGCCGCGGCGAAUGAACGUCUAUCACUUUAAGAAAGGUACUGAGAUUUGCAACUACAGCUACACCAACAACAUCCUCUCCGUCAGACUCAACAGACAGCGACUGGUGGUGUGCUUGGAGGAGUCCAUUUACAUCCACAACAUCAAAGAUAUGAAGCUACUCAAGACCUUGCUCAACACCCCUACCAACCCUGCAGGUCUCUGUGCCCUGUCAGUCAACCACGGUAACUCCUACUUGGCGUACCCCGGCAGCGCUACUAUAGGAGAGAUCACGGUGUAUGACGCAAACAACCUGAGCACUGUGACGCUCAUCCAGGCCCACGCCAGCCCCCUGGCGGCACUCACCUUCAACGCCUCCGGCACCAAACUGGCCAGCGCUUCGGAGAAGGGCACAGUUAUCAGGGUGUUCAGCAUUCCUGAAGGGCAGAGGAUGUUUGAAUUCCGACGAGGAAUGAAGAGAUAUGUUAGUAUUAGUUCGCUGUCCUUCAGCGCUGAUGCCCAGUUCCUGUGUGCCUCCAGCAACACUGAGACGGUUCAUAUCUUCAAACUGGAGCAACACAGCCCCAGUCAAGAGGAGGAGUCUCCCACAUGGUCUGCGUAUGUGGGCAAAAUGUUCACAGCCGCCAGCACCUACCUGCCGGCUCAGGUGUCCGACAUGAUGCAUCAGGACCGAGCCUUCGCCACCGUGCGGCUCAACAUAUUUGGCCUGAAGAACAUUUGCGCCCUGGCUACGAUUCAGAAGCUGCCUCGCCUGCUGGUGGCGUCAUCGGACGGGUAUCUUUACAUCUAUAAUGUGGAUCCACAGGAUGGAGGUGAAUGCACGCUGGUCCAAAAACACAGGUUGUUUGAUGGCAGCGAGGAGCAAGGGGAACAGAAGGAAGAGGUGAUAUCAGGGGAUGUUGCCAACCAACCGGUCAGCCAAUCAUACGCUGCCACUGUGGCUCUCCCCUCAAGCCCGCCCACCUCAACCACGCUCUUGGGAUACUCGGAGGACGGAGGAGCCCAGAAGGGGGAGGUCAUCCCAGAGCAUGAGUUUGCAGAGGGCCCCGUGUGUCUGGAUGAUGAAAAUGAAUUUCCUCCAGUCAGCAACUAGAUUAACUGUCAAAGCCCCGCCCACCUCCUUCCACGGCUAAGUCCCUUCCCCCCCCUUCCACACACACAUACCCCUACAGGUCGAGGGUCAUAUCCUACCAGAAUGUUACAUCCUGGUCUUUCUGGAUUCUGCGUAGUUCUAUAACACUAACAAAGAGUGCAAAGUUCACUCAUUAAGAAAACUUAAUGAAGACGAUGACGAGUGAUCCGCAGUUUUGUCUGCAUUAUGAAGCAGCAUUUUUUUGUUGCUUUUCACCCUGGUACGUCGCCAUGGUAACUUGUGUUGUAGACUUAACCUGCGACUGAGUUGAUUACACGUAAGAGAUAACCAAUCAAAACAUAACACAAGCCCUGCUUAUUGACCAGAUCAACAUUCCCAAAAGAACCGGCGGACCUUUUUGUCACAUUUGCUUAUGUAUUAGAGUAUUAGAGCCACACACGGAAACGUAAGAAGUCAUAGAUUCCCGAGAAUAAAGUCGUAAAUAAAUUACACGUAAAAAUGUAAUAGAAAUCAAAUUAAAAGUCAUAUUAAAAAUAGAUUAAAUUUGACAAUAAAAUGUCUAUAUUGUGACAAUCAUAAUCAUUUUACUAAAAACAAACUUUUAUGAAGUGGUAAUAUUUAACUGAGAUUGCAAAAACAAAGUCAUUUAAGUUUCAUUUUAAGUGAAAAUUUUAAGAAUUUUAGAAGACAAAAAUAAUUUGAUAAGAAUAAAGUGGUAACAUUGAGAGAAUACUAUAAUUUUUUGAUAGCAAUGUUGUGAUAUUGCUCAGUGGGAAAUAAUUGUUAAUUUCAUGAGAAUAAAGUUCUAAUAUUGUGCAGGUAAAGUACUCAUUCUACCGGGAAAAAAUAAUAUAGAGACAAUUGCAAGAAUUAUCUAAUAAUCUUAUGAGAAUAAAGUAAUAUUUAAGGAGAAAUAUUUAAACAUACACUAUAGAACUAUCAAGUUAUAUUUUAGGGUUCCCAUUACAUUACGACAAUAGUCUUAUAAUUGUUAGUCCUUGAAGUGUGGCCUUAAUACUCUUGUCAUUAUGUACAAUACGUUAGACUUGGAGUUGUGACCAAAUUGACUAUAAAGUAAAGAAGGCACAUUAAAAGGUAAAAAAAAAAAAAAGCUCCAUACUGUCAUCCAGUAGACAUGCAUGCUUGUCUACCAAUGCUCAUUCAUUAGCAGGCCCAUGCUACACCCUACAGCACAAAGGGGGGAACGUUAGGGUAGCUUUUUGUGUCAUCCUGCUGAAAAGAAACCAAAGGAAGCGUGCAUGUGAAUAUCUCCUCCGUGGAGGUCAUUACAUUUAAUCUCAAAAUAAGAUGUCUUGUUUUUUUUUUUAUAUUUCUACGCAAAAGGCUCCUUGCAAAGAGUUCACUUGUUCAAAUUUAUCGUCAGGGCAUUUUU